AUGGCGAAAAAGGGAGGAGUUCAGCAACUCCAGACGGAAAUCAGCACCGAUGAUGAGUUUGAAAAGUUUCUCGAACGGGAUGGGUUGCUUGUACUGGAUGUGUACACGGAAUGGUGUGGCCCGUGCGUGGGCAUGAUUGGAAGUUUGAAGAAAAUCAAGCUGGAACUCGGUGGUGAUAAUUUGCAGCUGGCUAUCUGCAAAUCAGAUGAAAUAGGUGCCCUCAAACGGUUUCGCAACAAAAGUGAACCAACGUGGCUGUUUGCUUCGCACGGAAAGAUCGUAAAUCUUAUGUUCGGCACGAAUGUACCGAAGCUGAUCAACCUCAUCACCGAGGAGCUGGACGUCGAGUUGAAAUGUCGGGCGGGCGAAGUCGAGCGGACGUACUACGAGCUGUGGGAACUGACGCCGGAAGAGCAGGAACGCGAAGAUGUGCGGCAGGAGCGGGAAGAGGAGGUGGCCCGGAUCGAGAAGGAAGCGGCCGCGAAGAAGCGGCUCGACUACAUCACGCACGUGACGGACGAGAUUAUGGCGAACAUCCCGGACAUGGGCAUUACGCUGUUCAUGCCGCACGUACACAAGGACGUGUUCAAGAAGCUGCACGACCACGCGGAAAAGCACGAUCUGCACAUGAAGGAGAAGCGGCUGGUGCAUCUGAACCCGAAGAUGCUGGAGGUGUUGCAUUUCGAGUGCGAAAACCGGCUGGCGGAUGAUGUGUUCGAGCAGAUCUACUACAAGGACAUCCAGGCGUACGUGUGGAAGCUGACCGAGGGCGAAACCCGGUCGCCGGAGGAAGUGAUCGGUGCGUUCGUGAAGAUAAUAACCGAACCGGUGGAGGUGCUGGAUGCGGACGGUAACGUCGAGAAGGUAAUACCGCGCAUGAUCGAACCGCUCGAGAUGCUGUACAACGCGAACGAUGGCACGUGGAAGAUGGUUUCGAAGCUGCCACCGCAGAAGAGUGCCAGCUCGAUUGCGACCACCAACUCGUCCGAGUCGUCCCAGAACGCGUCGAAGGAAACGUUCGACGAGGACGCUUGCCCACGGUUGAUCAUACCCGGUGUGUGGACACCAACGAAUCGGCGUGCGAAUGCGGCCCUGUUCUAUCUGCUGUUCCGUCAUCUAACGGAGCACUUUCUGCCACCGGAUCCGGUACCGGAACCGCCCCACAUAUGCAUGGUGUUCGACGCGUACAAGAAGCGAGACGUACUCGAGGUGGCAAUGAACGAGAAGUACAAAACGCAGGUCAUGGCGUUCGGGUACUUCAGCACCGGUGAUCCAAAAACGGCGGAACUGAUCGCGAAAACAACCGAGCGCUACACGACCAAGCGCCCGAACGUCAACGACAAGCUGAUCAUGAAGGUGUCGAAGGCGACGAGCCACGCUAUGCUGGCGCUAACCGCGAUGGGCCCAUGCUACGUCAGCCAGAAUGCGGUCGAGGGUCAGGAAGAGUGUGCGGCACUGUUUCCACCGAACUACAACUUCGUCGAGGAGGAAAACGAAACGGGUGAGGUGGAGAAGAAAAAGCACAAAAAGAAGCGGCGCGGUAAGAAGAGUGACACCUCGGUGUCGUCCGCGGCCGAUUCGGCCGUCUCGACAACACCGUCGGCGGAACCGGGUGCGGACGGGCAGGGUGAGCUGGGUACGAUCGGUGAGGGUUCUACCGGUGAGGAGGGUGAAACGACAUCCUCCUCCCAGAACUCACCGGAAAAAACGGGCGGUGAUCCGGAGGAGGGCGCACCGUCCUAA